UCAGUUUCUUGCGGCUGCUGCAUACACAUACGGACCACCGACAAUACCGCUCGUCAUUGGAAUCUGCAUAACUAGUUGCAUCAUCUUAACAAGUGGCAUCAUGGAAUUUUUGAGCUUCGACCCAACAACUAAACAACUAGUCCUCGACAACUGCGCAAUUCCAAAGCCCAAAGAGAAUGAAGUUUUGAUUAAAGUUGCGUUCUCCGGAAUUUGUGGAACUGAUUUGCACAUUUUAGAUGGGUCUUUUCCAGCCAAGAAAGACGGUCGUUUGACUCUCGGCCACGAGUUCGCGGGCACUAUUGAGGCCCUCGGUAGUGCCGUAAAGAUAUUCAAAAUCGGACAAAAAGUUGCGGUCGACCCGAACAGCGGCUGCAACAAGUGCAGCUACUGUCACAAUGGGAAGUAUCACUUUUGUGAAAAUGGAGGGAUAAAUCAUACCAUCGGAAUCUUCAGAAACGGGGGAUGGGCGACUCACGCCGUUGUUCCCGAGACUCAGGUUCAUUUAGUGCCGGAAGGGAUCGAGAUGCCUCAGGCGGCCCUCACUGAGCCCCUAUCCUGUCUGGCGCACGGAUGGGACAUGAUAAAUCCUGUGAACGUUGGCUCUACAGUCUUAAUCAUCGGCUCUGGGAUCAUAGGACUCCUCUGGGCGUGUCUACUGCACCUUCAUGGUCUGAGAAAAAGUGUCUCUAUCAGUGAACCUCAGCCCGGAAGACGAGAGGCCGUCAAAAAACUAGAUCUUGAUUAUGACGUCAACAGUCCCGGAGACCUCAAAUCGAAAACUUUUGAUCUUGCUGUGGACUGCAGUGGAUCAGGCCCGGCCAUGGAGGCUGCUGUGCCCCUCUUGCGACGCGGGGGGAGACUCUGUGUCUUCGGAGUUGCUAAUCCCAAUGCUACAUUGACUCUUAAGCCAUUCGAGAUUUAUAUGAAGGAAUUGCAAGUCUUGGGGGUCAAUAUAAACCCGUUCACCUUUCCCAAGGGCCUUUCACUUGUUCAGGCAAUGUCAGACCGCUAUCUCUCGCUCGAUAAAUUGGGAAUUCGAGUUUUUAAGCUGUCUGAAUACAGGGAAGCCCUGGAAGCCCUGAAAGCAGGGCAGAUCAGCAAAGCAAUGUUCAAAUGUAAUUGAAUUUACGUGAUUGAAUGGAUUUUGUUGACAAUUGGACGACCGAUCGUUUUUUUUCAUCGAAAUGAAGAAAAAAUCUUGAAGGGAAAUGGGUGAUGAAUAAAACAUUUUUGGAAGAAACUGAGCAAUAUUUAUUAUUCAAUCGUAGAGUUUGAUAUUAUUGUCUCUUGACAAUGAGUGUUGCCUAUAAAAUUUGAAGAAUCGUUUCAUUAUCUCGUUAAAUUAUUCAGCAUAAAUUUUAUUAGAAAAAGAUGGUCAAUAAACCUAGCUGCCUACGGAUAUUAGUUGAAUAUCAAUAUCUCUAGAUAUGUAAUUCUCUUACUAUCGAAAAUAGUAGAUAAAUUUUUAUCAAAUUA